CUUACAUUCCGACUACCAUGUCCCAAUGGAUUCCCUUCGCCACUGUCACUCCGCAAUCUUCUCAACAGAAUGGCGCAUUGCCCCCAAUGCCUUCGACAUCACAACCUAUUCCACCUGCGCAGCCGACGAAUUUCCCUGAAGCAACAUGUAUCAGUGGAAGCGCUGGCAGCCGCGAGCUCUGGAAUUCGGUAUCGACAUUAUCGGUGAAGACAACAAGACCACCAUCCACCACAAAGUCGCUGCCCACGUAGAGGCCAUCCCAACAUCCACCUCUCUUCCUCCCAACAUCCAGGCGAACUCCAGAAGAGCCAUGACACUGGGGCAGAACUGCACUCCCUGAGCUCUUCAAUGAAUGACAUUCAUGACACGCUCAGUGGCUCGGUCCCAAAACCUACCACACUUCCCCCAAUUGCUCCCUCCCAUGCGUUCACAACAAGCCUCAACCACCUCUGCACCCACACCCGCAUCUGCCGCGCCCGCAAACCCAGAACCCCUGCACCUCCUCCCAUGCGUUCACAACAAGCCUCGACCACCUCUGCACACACACCUGCAUCUGUCGCGCCCGCAAACCCAGAACCCCUGCACCUCCCCCAGAGCACCCUGGCCUUUCUCCUUCAAGCUCGAGUCAUGCUGACUCAAGUUGUUGCCCACUCUUCGCAGUAUGAUGUGAGUGUCUUAAUCCUCCUUUGAGCUGCGCUCAGAGCUACAUGAGACCCAAACCAGCCUCGCAAGCCACAUCGACAAGGUCCACGCCCAGCUCCGUUUCGUUUCGUUUGACGGAACGGUUUGCUGAUGCAGCUGAUGUAUUUAGGAUUCGCAUUUACAAUACGCGGGUAUUGAGUCUAUAAUGUUGCAAUACCUAUUUACAGUAGCGAUUGUAUUAUGUAUUUGGAUAGUAUUGCAAUUAAAAAAAAUUGAUUUCAA